AUGCCGUUUUUCUCACGAAAUAUCGAACUGACUCAUUUUAAAAAUUCUGUAACUCGGUCAACAGAAGGCAUUUACUCAGCAGGCUCGCCACCCCCGCAACAAAUUCAGGCUCACGCAUUGAUUCGAGGCAUCCAUCAGCAGAAAGAUGUAGCUCAGGCGUUAAGGCCAGCUUCUAUCGAUAUUGCUUUGACAGCAGAUGUAGUUUCUGCUGAUCAACGGGU